CAUUGUACAACCUCAGUAUUCUCAUAUUCAUGUGCAACGCUUUUACAUUUAUGUACACUACAUCGUACACCUCCUUUACUUAAAUAUGUUUUCAGAUAAAAUGGCUAGGAGGGCGGAUAUAGGUGAACUGUUCACCCUAAAGGUUGACAAUAUCUCGUAUAGAACUAUUCCUGAUGAUCUUGAGAUUCUCUUCGGAAAAUACGGGAAAAUUGGAGACAUUUAUAUACCUAAGGAUGGACGAACUGGGGAGACGCGUGGAUUUGCUUUUGUUCGAUUUUACAAGAAAAGGGAUGCUGAAGAUGCCCUGGACGAUAUCAACGGAAGAAAGUACGACGGUCGGGAUUUGAAGGUACAGUUCGCCAAGAACAAGAAGACAGAGUGGGUAGACUUUAACAAUAGAGGAUCAAAUAGAGGAUCAAGAAGAAGAUCAAGAUCAAGACGACGAUCUCGAUCCAGGUCAAGAAGACGAUCAAGGUCCAGAUCUCGAUCCAGGCGCCGAUCUCGAUCCAGGUCUCAUCGUCGAUCCAGAUCCAGAUCAAAUUAUCGGCGUGAAUCACCUCGAUCUAGAUCGCGGAGCUCUGAGAAACGGAAUCGAUCAAAAUCGAGUGAUCGUUCUAAUUAAAGGUUGAACUCCAAUUAGACCGGAUAGACGGUUCAGCUGCGUUUAUUUUGUGAACUGGAAAACUUCAAUAUAUGAAACCAAUGUGUGUUAUUAAGUUUAUUAUAAAUCUACUAAUUAAUAUUACAAAUAGUAGAGUUGUAAUAAAUGAUUACCAUCUUUACAUCAUUGACAAUACCUUUCAAAACCUUUCCAAGCUGUAUGUUUUUGCAUUAUAAAUCUUCUUUUAUUUCAUUGUUAGUUUUGCCAGGCAUCAUUCUGAAGGAAACGAAUUGUUUCACUUAAGUAAGAUUUCGUUUCUUAUAUCUAUUUUGUAAUCGGAAUUAUAUAAAAAAAUAUGUUUGUU